AUGUCGCUCUUUUAUCGUUCUUUUUUCGCAAUUUUUUCGCUAGGCGUUCUUUUGCAGGGCGCGCGCGGCGCCGACCGUAGCAGUGAGGAGGCGGAGGCCGCGAUUACUGGCUACUCGUUACCUUCGAUAUGGCAGCCCGCGACAAUACUACCCGACGACGCUGAGGCGCAAGCGAAAUGGCAGUCGAUCUCUGGUAGCAUUCCGACAAACAUCUCGGGCACCCCUACCGGAGAUUUCAGCGACGUCUCUUAUCCCACGGAUGAUCCCGAUUGUUGGUGGACCAACAGCAAGUGCGUGAUACCCAAGCUUCAAGGUCUACCUCCGGACGUUGCCUCAGUACCAGAGCCGCUAACGCUAGGGUACGGUUUCGACGACGGCCCGAACUGCUCUCACAACGCAUUUUACGACUACCUCACGAGUCAAGAUCAAAAAGCCACUAUGUUCUAUAUCGGAAGUAAUGUCAUGAAUUGGCCCUUGGAGGCGCAAAGAGCCAUCACAGAUGGUCAUGAAGUCUGUGUUCAUACCUGGUCACAUCGAUAUAUGACGGCACUCGCAAGUGAAGAUGCAUUUGCCGAGCUCUAUUACAAGAUGCAAGCCAUCAAUCUUGUCACCGGCGUGACACCGAAAUGCUGGAGGCCGCCAUUUGGGGACGUUGAUGACAGAAUAAGAGCCAUCGCUAAUGCCCUCGACCUUCAAACGGUUAUCUGGAAAUACGACUCGAAUGACUGGAAGGUCGGGACGGAUGGCGUUACCGCCGAGACCGUCGAUGGGAACUAUCAAAGUUUGGUAGAUAAUGCCGAGAAUGGGACCUUCAGCACUGAAGGAGCUAUAAUGCUGACGCACGAGCUCAAUAAUUAUACCAUGGCUACUGCAAUUCAAUGGUACCCUCAACUGAAGGCCGCAUUUAAGUACAUCGUCCCGAUCGCCGUCGCAUUGAAUAAUACCCAACCAUACGUCGAAACCGACUAUCCGAUGCCUUCGUUUGAACAAUACAUUUCAGGAGAAACGACUAUCACGAACAGUAGCGACAGCGACAGCACUAGCACUAGCAUCAGCGACAGCGCCGACACCGGCACCGAGACCCAAAGUGGGUCAGCGUCGACGUCAGAGUUGAAGGCAAGUUCGACCUCUACCGGACAGGCAUCCGCGACCAAACAGAAUGGCGCAUCGUUGGUGUCUCCCGACAUAGGGUCCUCGUUCUGGGUGGCCUUGGCUGCUCUUGGAUAUUUGACAUUUUAGCUCAGACGCUCAGACUUUCUUUUUUUAAAAUUUUUAAAUAUUAACGCUCAUUCAUAAUCGUAAUUGAACAGUGUAUCCCAUUUGCCAUUUGAUUUGUUGGGCGCCGUUUUGGACAGUUCAUAUAAUCGAUACUAUAGACACUACACAUUGUACUGUUACACAAAAAUUCAAGAUACCAUUGGGGUUGGGGGGGCAAGAGCCUGAGGAGAUAUCAUACCACAGGCUACAGGUUCUCUUCUCUUUCAGUAACACGUCGUCACCCCCGCAGUUUGCUUC